CUGGAACUGGAGGCGAAGGUGCCAGCGGACAUCGUGAUAGCGCAGAAGGCGAAGCUGAGAGACAUAAGGGACAUCUACCGGUCAGUCGACCUGCUGGACGAGGAGGUCGAGCUCUACGGCACCAGCAAGGCUAAGGUGUCGCUUGCUGUGCGGGACCGUCUGAGGGAGAACGAGAACGGAUUCUAUGUUUGUGUGGCUGGUAUCAACCCUACUCCACUGGGAGAGGGCAAGUCGACCACCACUGUUGGGCUCACGCAAGCGCUCGGGGCUCAUCUGGGGAAAAAGGUGAUGGCAUGCCUGCGACAGCCCAGCCAGGGCCCAACGUUCGGGAUCAAGGGAGGAGCAGCAGGAGGAGGGUAUUCUCAGGUCAUUCCGAUGGAAGAGUUCAAUCUGCAUCUCACCGGGGAUAUCCAUGCCAUCAGUGCUGCGCACAACCUGCUGGCGGCUGCCAUGGACGCAAGGAUCCUUCAUGAAGCUUCUCAAACAGACGAGAACCUGUUCGACCGUCUGUGUCCUGAGAAGAACGGGAAGAGAACGUUUGCCCCCAUCAUGAUCCGACGGUUGGAAAAGCUGGGGAUUAGCAAGCGAGACCCCUCGGAGUUGACGGCGGAGGAGCGGAAGGAGUUUUCAAGGCUCGACAUUGACCCAGACACGAUCACAUGGAACAGAGUGGUAGACAUCAACGACAGAGCUCUCCGCUCCAUCACGAUCAUGCAAGGGAGUGAGGUAGGAGGAAUGAGCCAUGGGAGGAAAGCCUCCAUGCAGGUCAGCAGUGAGAUCAUGGCUGUCCUGGCGCUGUCAACGUCGCUCAAAGACAUGCGCGAGAGACUCGGAAAGAUGGUCGUUGGAUAUUCGAGAAAGGGAGUUCCUGUCGAUGCCAACGAUCUCGGAGUGGCGGGAGCGCUUGCAGUUCUCAUGAAAGAUACAAUCAAUCCCAACCUGAUGCAGACGCUUGAGGGUCAGCCUGUCCUGGUUCACGCGGGCCCCUUCGCCAACAUCGCUCAUGGCAACUCGAGCAUCGUUGCUGAUCAAGUUGCACUCAAAGUCGUCGGCAAGGGUGGAUUUGUUAUCACAGAAGCUGGUUUCGGAGCAGACAUCGGCUUCGAGAAGGUACAGCAAGACAAGAAGCAAGAGAAACACCUGCUGACAGUUGCUCCUUCCCUCCUUCCCUUCCCUUUCCUCCUCCUUCCUCCUUCUCCCUCCCUCCGUCCCUCCGUCCCUCCCUCCGUCCCUCCCGGGAUUGAUACACUUCUUCAGGUCUACGAGACGGAAAAUUUACAAUUAGUGAAGGAUGGCUGCUGCAACCUCAUCAAGCACAUUCAGAAUGCUGGAGAGUUUGGAGUUCCAGUUGUAGUUGCAAUCAACCGAAGGUGGCACGACACGGACGAAGAACUCAAGAUUAUCCGUCAAGCUGCUCUUGAUGCUGGAGCAGCUCGAGCUGUUGUUGCUAACCACUGGGCCGAGGGAGGAUAUGGUGCCAAGGACUUGGCGCAGGCAGUGAUCGACGUGUGCGAGGCUGGGAUGUCAGACUUUCGCCUCCUCUACCCU